CUCUUCCUUUUCCUCUUGCCAGCAAAGACAGUGGCCUACAUGCCUUACGCCGAAGUCAAGCGCGCCAUGGAUCAGGAAGCCCAGAUGCAAAACGCAGCGGCCCGAUCGGGCUCGCCUUACCGCCUCUCUCCCCGGGACAUGAACAAGGCUUCGCCCCAGCCGGACAUGAAUGCCACUCGUUACAGUGUCCCGCCAGUGCUGCAGCCAGCUCCCCAUCAAGUCAUCACGAACCUUCCGGAAGGGGUGCGGCCGCCACCCACCCGGCCCACCCGGCCGCCCCCCCCUCUGAUCCCCUCCUCCAAGACGGUGCUGCCUUCCGAGAAGCCCUCCUUCAUCCUGGGAGGCUCCAUCUCGCAA